AUGUUUUCUAAAGGAGUGUUGCUCAUGACUGCAUCCCCGAACAUGCAGCUUACCGUUUUUGCCUUUGCCGCCCUUGCGUCCGUCGUUGCCGCGGCCGAUCCCGGCCAGUGGCCAGCCGAGUGCAAGUACACGGAUGGCGUCGCGUGCUACCGCUACUGCGCAACCGGAGCCGAUGGCACGUACAAGACGCCGUCGGAAUAUGAAUCGCUCUGCUACAACGCUGACCCGAUGAACCCGAUCGAAAAGGACUCGUACGAGUAUUCGCGCGUGCACAUGCGCCUGCCGCCGUCGAGCGGCUUUGCGCCGCAGCCCAACACGGAGGACGGCAUGGCCGCCGACCCGUGGCAGUUUGACACUCGCUGCUUCUGCUUCCGCUCGCUCACCGAGGAUGAAAUCGGAAAGGCCAGCCCGGUCGCAAACAUGAGAGAUGACGUGUGCAAGUACCACAGCAUCCGCUGCCUGCGCAAGGUCGAGCUCGGCGACACGCCCAGCUGCGCCGAAAGCUACUUCCGCUGCAAGGAGCAGAAGGAUGCCGACGGCAGCAAUACGCACGCCACUACGCUGCGCGCCGAGCUGUACCAGCGCUUCAAGGACAUCAACGACAUGUAUGCCGACGCGAUCCUGGCCGUCACGAAGCAGCAGACCAGCAAACAGUUUACGCCCGAAGACAAGACCAAGAAGUUGGCGGCCCUGGAGGGCGCCAAGAAGGAAUUCGACACGCGCCGCGAGGUGUCGUCCGAGGGCACGGCGAAUGGCACGCCGGUCAAGGAGCCGAAGGCUGAAAAUUAG